AUGAAGCCCGUUGUAUCCGCCUUGAACGCUUGGUCUUGCGUCGUUAUCUCCCUAUUUGCCAUCGUCAUUCUCUCAGUCCUCGGCUCGCUAUUCGGCAGCAACAACCACGCCUACACAGGCUCCGAAGGAGAGCCCGAAGAUGGAGUCGCAGUCGCAGCCUCGAUCUACACCGCUGUGAUCAUCUACGCUGGAUUCUUCAUCUUUUGUGGCUUCCAGGCCUAUCUCCACUUGCGAAUCAGCAGGGGCGGUGCCAUAUCACUCCAAUAA